AUGCAAAAGUAUUGCAAGGAGACGCCAGGUAUCGACGACCUCGACCGCUGGCCUCCGGACUCGGACGGGUUUGCUUUCCUGGUCGCAAUCGAUUCGGCGUCGUCCAUCGACGAGUUGCAAAACGUUGGUAGUGCCCGCCGUUUGGUAUUCGCAUCCCUCUGUGGCCACGUUUCUCACUGGUACUUGCAGCAUCCGCUCGUGAGACACCGCGACACCGACUGUCUCCUCGGUCUGCUCAGUCUGGCACGUGUGUCAGUCUUCCCAAGAGAUUUUCAGCAAUUCAUUCUUUCCAAUCCAUUCUUCCCAAUCCAUUCUUCCCAAUCCGUUCUUUUUCAAUCCAUUCUUUUCGUCUCGUUCUUCCAUGCAACACGCGCGAAAUCAUUUUCCGUGCCCUUCUGCCACCCUGACCACGACUUCGUCAUGGAUUGGGUCACCACCUUGUAUGCAAUCUGCCUUGCAGGCAUGACUGCCGGCCUCGUUCUUGUGAACGUCUUGUCUCGCACAAGCAGAGCUCGAAGACGACUCGCGCACCUGCUCGAAAAGCACUUGCUCUAUCGACUUCUGGUUCAUCGUCAUUCUUUAUUCGGUCCUUGGAAUGUCGUGUCCUUGCUGCUUCCAGCAGUGUACAUGGGCGUCAACGCGUUCUGCCUGGCAUUCCGACCGUCAACCUUUCUCUCUCGCUCGGGGAACCUGGCCCUCCUCAACACACUCCCACUGUUUGCCAGUUCCUGCUUAGACUUUACCGCAGACAUACUGGCUCUACCUUUUCGGCACUACGCGGCGAUGCACAGGUGGCAGGGUCGCGUAGCAGCGAUGCUUCUUGCGGCCCACAUCGUCAGUGCCAUGCAGAACGACAAGUAUCAGGUCCAGGUCCCGGAUGGCAUCAACGAGCUUCUCCUGCUAAUUGUAAUGGGGACUCUUUUUUUGUUGUCUCCCGCUCGUGAACUUGCAAGUUCUGACCUUUUCUCGUAG